UUCCUGGCCCCAUUGUCAAGGAACCAUUAUUUGCCGAAAUGCAAAGUGUAACGAUUGAAGGCCGAGUACAAUCGCAUCUGACGUUCGCAUAUUUCCAAAACGAGUACAAGUGGAUGUUACGUACGGUAGAUCGCGUGCGGCACUUCCGGUCCGGUCGGCGGAGGAGAGGCGUCGUCAGCAUCCUCAGCCCGCAACGAGAUUGCCACAAUGGAAGACGUACCGUUGCAUUUAACGAAGAGUGCGGACGUGGAAGGGUGUUCUCAGGUUCCGAAGCCAAAGGCAACGAGGGAAUCUGAAAGCGAGGAGCCGGGCGAUAGAGAGAGAGAACGCCGCAGGGAGAAGACCCCUCGGAGGGUCAUCCAUUUCUCCAGUGGGGAGACGAUGGAGGAGUACAGUACCGAUGAGGAGGAGGAGGAAGACAGGCAGCCAGAGAGGAGGGACCUGCUCUCCCCCUCGGUUGAAGCAGAGAGGUCCAAGAUGACUUGGGGUCCGUAUUUCUGGUUUCACGUGUGGCGAGCUGCAACGUCCACCAUAUCAGCAUGUGAUUACCUGGGGGAGAGGAUAGCCUCCCUCUUUGGGAUAACAUCGGCCAAAUAUCAGUACGCCAUUGAUGAAUACUACAAAAUGAAGAAAGAGAGGGAGGAGGAGAAAGAAGAAGAAAACCGACUGUCGGAAGAGGCCGAACGUUCCUUUGACCCGCCGGGAGACAAGCCGGUCACCAGAACAAAGCUUCCUGCUGCACCGCCUCAUGUGACUUACAAGAUCCAAAAUGAAAGUCAAGCGCUUUCAGGCACCACGGUAGUCCCUGCUAUUGUCACAGUCACUUAACCAUCCCGACAGAUACUUGCUUACGUACUUAACUUGAAAAGGGUACUUGCAUUGCUAAAACAAGAACCCUGCACAGUAUGUAUGACGUAACACAAGUGGGUCACAUGAACACGGGUCUUUUUUUUUUUUUCAAACUGCAUCCAUUGCAGUGCAACACCUUAGUAGAGCAGACAAAAGUUGAAGUUGAUCGUUAGAAGGUUCCGCCCUCGUGCCUAUAAUGGACCAGCCGUUGUGCCUGGUUCACCACUUCAGUGCCCGGCCCGCGUCUCCCGAAAACAAGACGAAUGGCAACUGACUUUAGUUUUCGAUACAGUAGAUGUUUAGCAACAAACUGCUGUCACAUUUGUGACUGGAAACAAAGGAGCCUGUGUCACUCUUUUCAGAAUACCUCACUGCGCUCGUUCCACGGUGUCACUCUUCUGAGGGCACCACUGAGAGCAGGAUUUCUAAAAUGGAGCAAUUGCUUGAAAUUAAACAUUUCAUUGAUUAUUA